GCCAUCUUUACAAUCUCAAUGGAACAAAGGAGAAGCACGCGUAUCCCUGGUGAUGGUAUCUUGAGUGCGAAGCUACAGUUUGUGGACCUUGCAGGUUCUGGAUCUAUGAAUAAAAGUUGAGCAGAUGGAGAAGGGAUUCCCAUUAAUAAAGAAAUACUGGCUCUUGAACAAAUGAUUAGUGCUUUGGUAGUUAACAAGAAGAGGAAGGAAGGAGGCCAUGUUCCUUACCAUAACAGCAAGUUAACACAAUCACUGAAGGACUCUCUUGAUGGAAAUAGCAAGACAGUGAUGAUUGCUUGUGUGUGUCCGGCUGAUUCAUAUAUCACAGAAACGCUGAACACUUUGACAUGUGCGUGUCUUGCUCGAAACAUUCAGAAUAAGGCAAUUGUAGGGACUGUAAACCAGAGCCAUGAACUUGAGUGCUUGAGAAAAGCUCUUACCCUGGAGAAAAAUCGGAGCAUGGAUAAGUCUGCAGAACUUGAGAGCUUGAAAAAAGCUUUGACCCUAUCUGAGGAACAUAUUGCAAGGGAGAGAAAAUGCAGCAUGGAUAAGUCUGCUGAAAUUGAGCAGUUAAAACUCAAGAUAUCUGUCGCCGAGGGUGAAAUCCGUGAACUGCAUCAAAAUGAUAAGGCCUUGCAAAAAGAGAAUCGCCUGCUAAAGGAUGAACUUCUUCAUAUGAAAUCAAAUGCUUCUCCAGCAGGCUCCAAAGGAGCAUAUUCAACAAGUUGGAAUGCACAUAGAAGCCUCGAGCCACCUACCACACUACCUCAUGUCGAUGAUGACAGUGAUGAUGCGAUGGGAAUGGACGAAACAGUCGAGAGGCAUGAAAAUACGGCUAGAAAGAAAGCUAAGACUCGUAAGCGUAAGAGGCCAUUAUACAAUGUGUGGAAACCAGAUGAGUUCAAAUUAUUAGAGAUACGCGUCCCACAGAUGAAAACGGGUAAGAUACCAUGGGGAAAAAUACUUUCAAUGGGAGGUUUCCUCAAAGACCGAAAUCCUCGGCAGUUAAAAAGCAAAUGGGAGAGAGAGACUGAAAGGAAGCGACAGCGUACAGAGCAAAGCAAUCCUUGCUGAGGUUAUUUCACUACUACGUAUAACAAUAAGCAAGUCUAGUUGGUAUAGGGUAGAACGCCCGAAAUUUUCUAUAGUCUGGAAUUACAUGUGAGAGUUGCUUUUUGUCAACUGCUGGCGUGGGCUAGUGGAAGAGAUUGGAGUGGAGUUCUGGUUCUAUGCUUCUUAUCCUUUCUUAUCUGGUCAAGGAAAGCUACUGCAUACACUUUUCUGUCUCACCAAUUACUAUUGCGAAAGUCAUCAGCAUGCUACUACAAAUGAUGUUGCAGGUCUUCCUAUUCCUAUAUACCCACAUUGUUUGAGCUCAUAGUUAUCUUUCCUUGAUCAAUUUGAUUACAAAUCAUCUUCAGUAAAAUGUGGACGUGACUUGAAUGUUAGCAAGAGGAAGGACAUGUAUAUAUGAAAUAUGACAUUCUGUUGAAUGUUUAUGUCGACACUUGUUCUAACUUCUGAUGUAGUUCAAAAAUUAGAUCACUGGAGAAACGCAAUUUCUCUAAUUGUCUUUUUUCCA